GCUGUAUGGAUUCUCCCCCUCCUGUACAGUUUGUGAUCAUUUUAAUAUUUCUUAAACUGUUUUAUUUUUUGCAGUUUUUUUCGCCUACAUUUUCUAAAAUCUUACAAUAAUUUACUUUAAAAAUCACCUAAUAAAACUGAAAAAGGUUUCUUUGAACAACUCGUAUAAUGAUGUAGCCGUGACAUCAUCACACACAUUCGAUUUGUUAAACACGCUCAAUGAGCUUCCCGGGAACGCGCGGGUAGUUUUACGGAUCAAACCCACACCAGAAUUCGCAUAUUUAAUGAAAAAUAGUUUGAGGAGAAUUUUGCUUAACUUUGCAGGAUCACAUCAAUCCCUAGUGUGAGCGGCUCUUUCGUGCGCACCAGUAAAGGUGAGAGAUUCAUGAAGACAGCAAACCGAUGUCCAGUGACCACACUUCUGUCAAACACACUUCUGUUCAUCAACGGAUGAACACCGACUUUGAAAAGUAUCCUUUGCCACGGUAUUGCAAGAGGUGGAGCAAUGAUGACAUUCAGAGGCACGCAUUGGCUAAGAGCCGGCGCAUGGCUACGCGAAGACCGGCCUACAUGUUUAACGCCCGUUACAGUAGUUUGUCCUCAACUGAAGAGCGUUUCCUAGAGGCGGCUGAGUAUGGAAAUAUCCCUGUCAUCCGUAGGAUGCUAGAAGAACUUCCUGAACUUAAUGUCAACUGUGUGGACUACAUGGGCCAGAGUGCAUUGCAGCUUGCGGUUGCCAAUGAGCACCUAGAAGUUACAGAACUCUUGCUGAAAAAAGAGAACCUGGCCAGGAUAGGUGAUGCUUUGCUUUUAGCCAUAAGUAAAGGAUACAUUCGUAUUGUGGAGGCCAUUUUGGGCCACCAGGCCUUUGCAGACACAACCAAACUUACUAGCAGCCCCCUCCAGGCAGAGACACAAGACGACUUCUUCGCCUAUGAUGAGGAUGGCACUCGGUUUUCCCAUGAUAUUACACCCAUUAUACUAGCUUCUCAUUGCCAUGAAUACGAGAUUGUGCACAUUCUGCUAAGGAAGGGUGCCCGCAUUGCGCGCCCACAUGACUACUUCUGCAAAUGUAACAGCUGUCUUUAUCACCAGAGGCAUGACUCUUUUAGCCAUUCGCGUUCCAGAAUCAAUGCCUACAAAGGGCUGGCUAGCCCCGCCUACCUGUCCCUGUCCAGUGAGGACCCAGUACUGACGGCUCUAGAGCUCAGCAAUGAACUGGCUGUACUGGCCAACAUAGAAAAAGAGUUUAAGAAUGAUUAUAAGAAGCUGUCUAUGCAAUGUAAGGAUUUUGUAGUUGGACUUCUGGAUCUUUGUCGGAAUACGGAGGAGGUGGAAGCCGUUUUAAAUGGAGACACAGAGACAGGUGGCCACUUUGACAAGAGCGACAGACCUAAUCUAGUUCGGUUAAAACUGGCCAUCAAAUAUGAGCUGAAAAAGUUUGUAGCCCAUCCAAACUGCCAACAGCAGCUUUUGUCCAUAUGGUAUGAGAAUCUGUCUGGGCUCAGGCAGCAGACCACAGCUGUCAAGUUACUUGUGGUUCUGGGGGUGGUGGUUGGACUUCCCAUCCUGGCCUUACUGUACUGGAUAGCACCCUCAAGCAAGUUGGGGAAGAUCAUACGUGGUCCUUUCCUAAAAUUUGUGGCACAUGCAGCUUCCUUCACAAUCUUUCUUGGCCUUCUCAUCAUGAACGCUGCUGACCGUUUUGAAGGGACAACUCUCUUACCAAAUAUGACCAUCCACGACCACCCCUCCCAAUUGUUCCGCAUGAAGACCACACCUUUUACCUGGAUGGAAAUGUUGAUCAUUUCCUGGGUCAUAGGAAUGAUUUGGGCUGAAUGCAAAGAAAUAUGGUCUCAGGGUCCUCGGGAAUAUCUGCUGGAGCCUUGGAAUUUGCUGGACUUUGGAAUGCUGACCCUUUUUGUUACUUCCUUCAUUGCCAGAUUUAUGGCAUUUUGGCAUGCAAAUGUUGCUCAGAGUUACGUCGACAAGCACUACACAGAUCUAUCAAACAUUACCUUGCCCCUUGAGAUAGAAUACUAUCGUCUUGCUCGUGUCCACUGGGUUCCUUCAGACCCUCAGCUGAUCUCCGAGGGCCUUUAUGCCAUCGCAGUGGUUCUGAGCUUCUCUCGGAUUGCGUACAUCCUGCCGGCCAAUGAAAGCUUUGGGCCCUUGCAGAUCUCUCUGGGCAGGACUGUGAAAGACAUAUUUAAAUUCAUGGUGAUCUUCAUAAUGGUGUUUGUGGCCUUCAUGAUUGGAAUGUUUAACCUCUACUCAUACUAUCGUGGAGCAAAGCAAAACGGUGCUUUCACAACUGUGGAGGAGAGCUUUAAAACUUUAUUCUGGGCUAUUUUUGGACUUUCUGAGGUCAAGUCUGUCGUCAUCAACAACGGGCACAAAUUCAUUGAAAAUAUUGGCUAUGUACUUUAUGGAGUCUACAACGUUACCAUGGUUAUCGUCUUACUCAACAUGCUCAUCGCCAUGAUCAACAACUCAUUCCAGGAAAUUGAGGAUGAUGCAGAUGUGGAGUGGAAGUUUGCCAGGGCUAAGCUGUGGUUCUCUUACUUUGAGGAAGGAGGGACGCUGCCUGUGCCAUUUAACCUCAUCCCCAGCCCCAAAUCAGUCAUCAGCCUGGCUAUAAAACUCAAAGAGCUCCUGCUAAUACCCCUUCACAGACACAAAGAGGACCUGAAAGAGGACACAGAGCUCAAUGUGUCGGGUAAACAAAAAGAGUCCAGUGAGAAGAAUUCGCCUCAUACAAGUCGCUACCAGAGGAUCAUGAAACGGCUAAUCAAACGAUAUGUUAUCAAAGCACAGACUGACAAAGAGGGAGAUGAAGUUAAUGAAGGGGAACUAAAGGAGAUAAAGCAGGACAUCUCAAGUUUACGCUAUGAGCUCCUGGAGGAGAAGUCCCGUCAGACAGAGGAGCUAGCAGAACUGGUCAGGAGACUGGGAGAGAGGCUCGCCAGUCAACAGAAACUGUAGUUUUUCUCAACAGGAACCCUCUUUUCACUUUUCUCAAAGGAUUCUUAUUAGAUAGUCAAUAGUGUAAUACAAAAUGAAUUCUAUGAUUUUCUAUUUAAAAUAUCAUGUAUUAAAGGUAGUACAAUAAAUACUAUGACAUAAAUACUUGAAAAAUAGUUUAAAUAAUAUAAUUUAAAAACAUAUCAGACCUGGGGUGCUAAAUUCAUGAAAAUAUCAUACUGUAAAAGUUUUAAUAGUACUAAAAACAGGCUUCAUUUUCUUAAAGCAGAAAUUUCCUUCUUUUUUUUCUUUUUUUUUUUUGAAUAUGACAAGUGCUGGGGAGGGGGGGGGGUGUUAAAAUAAAUAAACAUGAAACUAAAUAUUUUCCAAAUAUAUUUUGACAUUAUUAAUAUGAUUUUUUUUUUUUUUUUUUUUUUUUUACAGUACAAAUUGGUUCUUUAUACAAGAAACUAUUUAGAUGCUUCUUAAUAUUUAGGAUGGGUGUCCCUCUCAUGUUUUAUAUUUAGAGGUAUGUGGCAUCUAAAAAUUGAAAACCCGUCUUAAGAAAUACUAUGACCAACUAGCAGAUAGCCAAGUCUUACUUUUUAUUUUUUAAUUAGACAGAUUUUUAUGCAAAUGUCUUAAAUAAAAGUUUACAGAAAAAAAAAAAAAACUAAGGCUGUGUCCAAAAUCGCCCCAUACCCUUAUAUAGGACACAGCCAUUUGUAGUGGUGUCCGAAACCAUAGCGGAUGUUAUCAAGUGCACUAAUUCAAUCCCACAAUGCACUGCAGGAACAAGUGUACAACUGAUGAGAAUACCCAUAAUGCACUGUUAAAGUUGCAUGCCGAAUGAAUUCCCGCAACUUGCCAGAAGAUGGCGCCUGCAGCUAAAUCAUCCAUCCAUUUUUAAACCCUUGGUCCAAUGUGGGUACAGUGUAAUAUCAUAAAGGUAUAAAUUCAUUUUUAAUUGUUUAAUUAAGCUUUAUACAAGCAAGUUUCCAUUAAAGAUUUUAAGAUAAAUCUUUUAAUUACUACUGGAGGUGCCAGUUUGCUAAGUUUCAAAUGCUUAUUAAACAGCAAGAACAAACUAUGCAAAAGCGUCAGUCCUUCCGGCACACUCAUUGUCUGAAUUCACUCACUCGCUUUCAUUCUCUCCCUCAAGUGGACUAUAUUAGUGGAGUAAUGUAGGGAAUAGUGAAUGAGGGUAUAUGGGGGAGAUUUCAGACACAGCCUAAGUCAAUAGUCUAAACAGAUCAUGCAACUGGCCCUGGAACAUGUUUUUAACAGGGUUUGUAAAAAUUACUCUGUUAUAUUCUUCUUUCCUCUAAACCAUAGUUGCUUGUUUUAUAAGCAACAUUUCCUCUGGAGAGCACCAAUUCUGCGAGGGGAAAAAAAAAAAAAAAAAAAAAACUGAAAUUAAAUUAAAUAUUUUAUUAUAUUUCAGAACACAUUUUUUUGAAAGUCACGUUUUUGCUUCUGAAAACGCUAAUGCUGCUGUUUGCCAUUGUGUUGCCUUGCCGUGUCAUAUUCUAAAUAUGCAACGUUACACAUAUAAAACACAGUUACAGCAAGACUAAGAAAAAAGCUUCAAAGUCUUUUUUUUUUUUUUAUUCGUUACACUGUUUUCAGUGAAGCUGAGCAUUGUGGAGCCAAACUUAUGUCACAGAGCAGAACAGUCUGAGACCAAAUGUUUCUAAUUUUUGAUCACUGUAAACGUGUAGUUAAUGUUUUGCAUGGUGGUAUUGAUGUUAAUGAAUGUGGAAAUGUCAUAUUUUAGCAUGUCAUGAUUUUAUGUUUGAGAAUCAGGGUACACUACAAAUAUGUUGCAACCCCUUGAAACAUGCUUUAUUAACCCUAAUUAUUAAUUAUACAUUUUGUGAAGUCUGACAGUGUCAGUCAAUGGUAUAUUUAUAAUAAAAAAAUGGAAAUGUAAAAAUAAAUGUUUCUUUAACAAAA